UCCUAACCUGAUCCCAUCCCUACCCUCUGAUGCUACUCUACCCUCUUUGUGUACCGUCCUGCUCUGCCCAUACCACACCAUCUUGAUCCCCCCCACACAUGGUCUCCACCUUACCCCAUUCCACAUCUCCAUCCUGAUCCCAUCCCACUCUGAGCACUGCCUCUCAUGCCCCAGCUCCCUGCUCUAGAGGGGAAUCCUCCAUCUCCCUGCUCUCCAGGAAGGGCAGGCCUGACAUCCCCUCCCAGGACACCACCCUCCUGCCCCACCAGCUGCAGCUGUGAUGGCUCCUCAUCCUUCCCGCCUGUGGGCAUUUAAGAGCCAGGGGCAGCCUGGGGGAGCGUGUGCUGGGCAGGAUGGCUACAGGGGAGCAGCAGAGGCCGGAGAAGCGGCGCCGGCGCAGGGCUCGGCAGCAAGAGCUACUCCCAGAAGAGAUCCUGGACAAGCACCCCCUGCAGAACAGAUGGGCACUGUGGUUUUUCAAGAACGACAAGAGCAAGAUGUGGCAGGCAAACCUGCGCCUCGUCACCAAAUUCAGCACUGUGGAGGACUUCUGGGCGUUGUACAGCCACAUCCAGCCCGCCAGCAAGCUCUCAUCUGGCUGUGACUAUUCCCUCUUCAAGGAUGGCAUCGAGCCCAUGUGGGAGGACAGCCAGAACAAGUGUGGUGGACGCUGGCUGGUCACCCUGUCCAAGCAGCAGCGGCACACCGAGCUAGACCGUUUCUGGCUGGAUACGCUGCUGUGCCUCAUUGGGGAGAUGUUUGAUGAGUACAGCGACGAGGUGUGCGGGGCCGUCAUCAACAUCCGCACCAAGGGGGACAAGAUUGCCAUCUGGACCCGGGAAGCAGAAAACCAGGAAGGGGUCACCCACAUUGGGCGUGUCUACAAGGAGCACCUGGGCCUGUCACAGAAGGUGACCAUCGGGUACCAGGCCCACGCAGACACGGCCACCAAGAGCAACUCCCUCCCUAACACCAAGUUUGUGCUGUGA